AUGCGUACUUGGUGCGAAGAAGCGAUUUUUCUGGGCAUCGUAACGAUCUGGACAGUUGUCAUUUUGGGUUCGCCGGGGGAGUCAGAGUGGCCGGUUCAGCGACGAUUCAGCAAACGGUUCAGAAUCGAUUCAAAGAUGUUGAAUUCUUGUCUGAACCGUGGGAACACACUGAAUCAUCACUGA